AUGCAAGAACUCAAACCUGUUUUCUCACCCAUAUUCCCGACUGAUAAGGAUAUAGAUGCUCCUUCAAAUGCCCCUCCCUUGGCUCAAACUGGAUCUAUUAAAGUGUUCAUUCAAUUAGCUGAACCUGUCAUCUUCCUUCAAGGGUUCGAACCAUCAGAAUGGGAAAAUAACCCUCCAAGAUUAUUAAGAGGUUCUCUCAUAAUAAGAGUAUUGAAACCAAAUAAAAUUAAAAAAAUUAAUUUGAAUUUCAAAGGUUAUACUAGAACAGAAUGGCCAGAGGGGAUACCUCCGAAGAAGGAUGAAUAUACAGAAAUUCAUGACAUUGUGAACCAUACCUGGCCAUUCUAUAACGCAGAAACUGAUACUUAUACUAUAAAUACUUCCAAUAAUAAUAGAAAUGAAUAUUUAUUGAAUGGAAGUAAAGCUUCCAUGUAUAUCGCUCCUGAAAAUAUUAAACAUAAUAAUAAUAAUAAUAAUAAUAAUAAUAUGAACGCUAGUAGCAGUACAAGAAGAAGAAGUUCCGUCAUUUCAAAUUUUAGUCUGUCUUCAUCACCAAAUACAAAAGGAGUAGAUAAUUUAAUAGAUGAUGAUAUCCAUACUAAUAAUAAUAUAGACAUGUUCAGUUUAGAUAAUACUACAAGUUCAAACCCACAAAUAAAUCCAAUAAAAUCAUCUCCAAUUAAAAAUAAUAACACUCAUCAUCAACAUUCAAACAAGUCUUCAUUCAUAUCAGAUCUAUUCAAUGGUACCCCAAAACUUACACUAUCAUCAAAUGAUACCCAACAGUAUACUACGAACAGCAAUAAUAAUAAUACUAAUAAUAAUAAUAACACAAAAAUCUCUUCAUCGUCCAUUUUAUCAAAUGAAACAUUCAUAUUCGAACCUGGUGAUUACAUAUAUACUUUCGAAUACCCAAUACCAGAUUCAUUCCCAGAAUCAUUAAAAUCAACUUUCGGUUUCGUUAAUUAUCAAUUAAUUGCAAAUAUUGAAAGAUAUGGUGUUUUCAAAUCAAAUAUAUCUGCAAGACAUAAUGUAAAAUUAGUAAGAACUCCAAGUAAUAAUUCAGUGGAAGAAACUGAACCUAUUGCCAUCUCAAAGGAUUGGAAAGAUCAAUUACAUUAUGAUAUAGUAGUAGCAUCAAAAGAUAUUAUCCUAGAUGCAUUCUUACCCAUUGCAUUCAAUUUAUCUCCAUUAGAUAAAGUAACUUUACAUAGAAUUAGAAUUUAUUUGACUGAAUCAAUGGAUUAUUAUUGUAGAAAUAAAAAAGUUCAUAGAAUGGAACCAACAAGAAAAUAUUUAUUAGCUGAACAUAAUGGGCCCUUAAUUGAUCAAGGUAAAUUAUCUCCAAAUAAUCUUAAGACUCCAAAGGCUAAAUUUUUAGGGAACCUUUUAAAAGAUGAAAAAUCAGGUGAUUUAAUUAAUAAAGAAUUUGAAUAUCAAAUAUUUAUACCAACAAUUUUACAAAAUAAUGAAAAAUUACAUCCAGAUACAGGUUUUGAAAAUAUUAAAUCAAAUCAUUGGAUUAACCUAUGUUUAAGAUUGUCUCAUAUAAUAGAUGGGAAAAGGAGACAUUUCGAAGUCAAUAUUGAUUCACCAAUUCAUGUAUUAAAUAAAUUAUGUUCUCAUGCUAACACUUUAUUACCAAGUUAUGUCUCUUUUAAUCAACAACAAUUAUUAAAUGAACAAGAUCAUAUUAAUAAUAACAAGACUAAUAACAACAAAAGUUCUGACUCUCAACAAUUCGGUAAUGUACCAGACAUCAAUCUAUACCAUCCUUCUAAUAUUUUCUUUCCAUCUGAUGUAUUUACUUCCCCAGCUCCUGUUCCUACUCUUCCGUCUGAUUCAUUAAAUCCUGUAAAAUCUCCAGGAGUUCAAUCAAUGGAUGUUAAAUUCCCAAUAAAUGGUUUCUUAUCUCCACGUCUCUCCCAAAGGAAAAGUAUCAGUAAUAGUACGAAUUAUGAUAUUCAAAAAAUAAACAAGACUACAAAAAAUAAUAAGAAUAAUAAGAAUACCGAAAUGAUAGCCGUUUUAAAUUCUCCGAAAUUAACUGCUAAUAUUUAUCAACCUGAAUCUUUGAAAAGAGAAUUAACUUCUCCACAAGCUUUACCAAUGCUAUCUCCGCUGUCAUCACCAAGAAUGAAACAUAUACCAACUUUAGCAAUUCCACCUCCUUUGACUUCUUUAGAUUCUUCAUCUUCACAAUAUACCAUGAAUAUGAACAUGAAUAUAAAUUCUAAUCCAAAUAUAAAUACAAAUAUAAACAGUUUUGAUAAAAAACUACCUACAUAUGAAGAAGUAAUGAAAAUGAAAAAUACAAAUAAUAGUGCAACUACAACAACAACAACAACAACAACUCCUUCAUCGAUAUUAUCUUUUACAAUACCACAAUUAGAGUUAAAUAAUUCAAUUGAAACAUUAGACAAAAGUACAAUCCAAUCUCAUCGCUCCUCAUUAUCAUCUCAAAGAUUCCCUUUACAACAACAACAACAACAACAACAGCAGCAGCAGCAUUAUAGACGCCAAACAAAUACUUCUUUACAUUCUUAUUCAUCCUCUUCGAAAAUGAUGAAAAAUCAACAACAGCAACAACAAGAUGAUGAAGAUGGAGAUAUUGCAUCAGGUGUAAAAUUUAAUUUCAUACCAAAACCAUCAUCUCCAAAGAUUAUUCCCUCUCGUCAAUUACAUUCUCCAAUUUUAAAUUCUUUAAAUUUAAAUAAUUACCAUCCGGCAGAUGAUCGUUCAAAUACAAGUACAAAUACAAAUACAAACACAACUGCAAGUACAAGUAUAAGUACAAACAAUAGAAGAAAUAGUUUACAAUUCUCAUUACCAUCAACAAUGAGAAAUCAUACUGAAUAUUUUAAUGAUCUAUCACAAAUACUAAGUAAUGCAAGUGGAAAUAAUACUCCAACGCACAAUACAAAAGAUCAAGAUCAAGAUCAAUCAUCAACACAUAGUUCUGAUGGAAUGAAAACAUCACAUUCAUCACGUUCAUCAUUCGAUGCUAGUGGUGGAAGUAACAAUAGAAGAGAAAUAUUAAGAAGAAGUUCCAUAUAUUCUGAACCACUAUUAAACACUUAUCCAAAUGGAAACAAACUAGAAAACGAUGAAGAAGAGGAAACCUAUCAAUCAUUGGAUUCCAUUGCAAAUUUUGAAUCUUCAAUCGAUAUAACUGCAUUAUACGAUAGGAAACAACAAGGUUGGCAUCCAUUACAAACACCAGAAUUAACUAGCAUUACAUCAUCAUCAUCACUCCCAUCAGCUACCGUGACUCCCUUAUCGGGAUUACCGAAAUAUUCUUUAAAUAAUAUUAAACAACAACAACAAAUUACUGCUGAUUUUAAAGAAGCUAUAGGAAGAGGUACUAUUGAAAGGAAAAAAAAUACUACAAGUCAAAAAUGA